AUCCCUCUCAAAACUAUAAAAUAAAUAUUAAGUCGUACAGAGAAUACAGAAGGAAAACACCCUCAACUUUCUGUAUUUUCCCGCCAUAUUGGCUCAUAGUUCAAAAUUGAAACAGAAAGUUGAAGUUGAGGAAAACUGCAUUUAUUAGAGUUUUUUCAGGGGCGAAGAAAUUGACCUCGACAUUAUGGAGGAAAUACAGGAGUUGACAAACAAGGAAUUGGCAGAUGAACUGAAGAGGUUUGGAACAAGUCCCGGUCCAAUUAUAUCUACAACAAGAAGUGUGUACGAGAAAAGGCUACUGAAACUAAGGAGUGGGGAGAUUGAAAAACUCAGUGCAAGGAACAGAUAUACCGAAGUACCAGAUGAUGAAGAAAAAUCACCACCUCCUAAACCAAGGUCCCCAAGGUUGAGGAAACGAAUAGUACAGAAAAUAGAACCUGAAGUAGCUGAUGAAAUGGAUGACAGUGGUGGUCCUGAUUUAAGAGACACUGAGCCUGGUGAUACAUCUACAACAGAGACACCUCAGUCAACAGGGAUGUAUGCCAAAAUCUUCAUCUUCAUCAUUGUCCUGUUCUUUGUAUAUCUGAUAUACAUCAACAUGGAGUCAUCUGGAAAUCUUGUGCCCAAGAUCAAAGGAAAUUAAUUGUUGUAAUAUUCAAUACAGUGCUAAUUGUUUUACCUUAAGAGCCACAGUGUGAUGUACAAUACAGAGCAAUCAGAUUUACUUUUAUAGUACAUGUCUUAAUACCUGUAUGUGCUUGAAUUUGUAAUGCAUGCAUCAACUCAUUGGUUAUGUAAUUGAACUUCUUUAUAUUUAUUUAUAAGUCAUAAAUGUGCAUAUAGAAAUAAACAAACCUAUGAUAAUU